CUCGCAAUCGAGUUAAAAGAAGCGAUGCGCAGAACGCUUGACGCGGGCAGUUGAGCACUUAGUAUGGUGGUGUUCGGUGCGUGUGACGUUUUGUUGCGUUGCGUAAUCGGUUAAAAAGAGCAAGCGAGACGGAGGAAAGCAUCAAAUCGUAGAGGCGAAUUCAGCCGUGCCUCGCGCUACCGUAAACGCAACAACACUGCCUGCCCCGGAUCAAGAGAUAUGCCGCAGAGUGGAGGCGAAUAUUGCUAGCGCUGUGAAGGAUGCGACUGGAUUUUCCGCUGACGGAUCGAUAACGAAGAACGAGCAGCUUAACACGGGAAAAAUGUCGGCAAUGAAGUCUAGUGGUUCACCGGGAACCGCUCGUGUUUUGCCCGUGCUGAGCCACUUCAAAUACGAACAUUUCAUCGCUGGUAUAUCUGGUGGCGUGGUUUCCACCUUGAUGCUGCAUCCGUUGGACUUGAUCAAGACUAGAUUCGCAGUUAGCGAUGGUCACUCACGCGUGGGUCCACAAUACAAAAGUCUUAAAAGCGCGGUUAUGCAGAUUGUUAAGACUGAAGGAGUGAGAGGACUUUACAGAGGUGUAACGCCAAACGUUCUAGGAUCUGGCGGUGCAUGGGGUUGCUAUUUCUUUUUUUACAAUACCAUUAAAACAUGGAUCCAAGGGGGAAAUAGUAGAAAACCUUUGGGACCCUCAAUGCACAUGUUCGCAGCAGCAGACGCUGGAAUUCUUACUUUAGUUAUGACAAAUCCAUUAUGGGUAGUAAAGACACGUUUAUGUUUGCAAUAUAUGGAUGAUAAGCAUCUUCCGGAAACACUUAGAUAUAAUGGCAUGAUAGAUGCAAUUAAGAAGAUUUAUAGAACCGAAGGAGUUAGAGGCUUGUAUCGAGGUUUUGUACCUGGAAUGUUUGGCGUCUCACAUGGUGCUAUUCAAUUUAUGGUGUACGAAGAAUUGAAAAAUUGGUACAACAAUUAUUUGAAUGUUCCGAUCGAUACGAAGCUGAGCACAUGGGAAUAUAUUUUCUUUGCAGCAGUUUCAAAAUUAAUUGCUGCCGCUUCGACUUAUCCGUAUCAAGUUGUUAGAGCACGACUUCAAGACCAUCAUCACAACUACAGUGGCAGCAUACAUUGUAUUCAAUCAAUAUGGAGGUUUGAAGGUGGGAAUGGAUUUUACAAGGGUCUGUCUGCGAACCUGACCAGGGUGACUCCAGCGACCGUGAUCACAUUUGUGGUAUACGAAAAUGUGUCUCACUAUCUUCAGCAUAGAAAAACGAGGGAUGAAGAGCGAACUUUGCCGAUUUUGAUGAAGAAACUCGAAGAGAAUUAAAAAUAAUAUUUAUUAGAAAUUAUUUAAGAAUUAUUUAAGAAUUUCAUUGUAAAAAA